AUGUUUAUAUGCGUGGAUCGCAGCGAGAGAGGAGUGCCGUGUAGAACGAGAGAUAUACCUGGCCGCCGCGCCGACCAAAUAAUAAGACAAAAGCCGGGGGUGGACGACGCGGAGGAUGAGGACUCGCGGCUCCACGCACCGCGAGAAAGAAGCGUCGUUAUUAUAUUAAUAAUACAUUGGAAAUUUCCUCGACCGCACUGCUCAACAAAUGGCGCUCGAUCGACGAAGAAGAUCGGCAGAUUCCGUGGAAAGGACAGGCCGAAGAUAUUCCUCAGAUCGGUGGCAUAAUUAUUUCAACAGGGCCCGUCCAUUCGUUUCAUUGUCCGGCAUGUCCUCGACAUCCCCUCGAGUUUUAUUGGCCGAUGUGGCGAGGACGCGACUGGGCCCUCUGGCUCGUUCACCCCUUUUCGGCCCUGCCGGCCAAAGAGGAGAAAAAAGAGAGGAGACAAGGGCCUUACCUACCGAUCGGUAACGCGAUACCCCACGAACGAUUCCUUCUUCUUUUUCUUUCUUUUUUUUUCUUCCUUCCCCUUUUCUCCUGUGAUGCACGCGCGCAAGACCGAGCAGCGACACGCUGAGACCGCUCUCUCACGAGCCGGCAAAACGAGAUUGUAAAAAUAACGCGGUUGUCCCCGCUCGCACCCCCGAUUCCGUCCCCGAGUCGCCGCGGCUUCAAAUCAUGUCGAAAACAGAGGGGAAAUAUAGGCUUUGAAAUUCGAAACUUUUUCAGAGUGCGCCGUUUCACGGGAGGAAUGUACGUACGACGCGAGAUCGCAGGUUCCACGCGCGUAUUAAUAAACAUCCGCCAAUUUCGGCGAAUUUUCCCGUUUACGUUUGUUGCUGUACCCCGCUCUUUUCAAUACGAUUUUUAUUUAUUUUUUCUUUUUUUUUCAUAUGUGUUAAUUGUAACUAUACUCUUACUCUUGUCAUUAUCUGAUUUCUCUUCCAUGCAACUGACUGUUAGUUCUACUAAAAGGAACGUAAAUUCUUGUUUUAGCGUUUCGUUGCUCAUAAGUUUGGGGGAUCGGAAGUUCAAUGAUUACAAAUAUAAACGAACGAUCGGAUUUUUAAUUUGCUUUUUCUAGAGAUGCAGGAUGCUCGAAUUGAUGUGACUCUUUUGUUAGAGAAAUUUCACUUGAGUGCCUAA